AUGGCUAGAACAAGUUCAGAAUUCUUUCCAGAUACUUUUUUUAAUCCUAAAAGAAUAAAUACAAACCUAUCAAAAGAAAUAUUAGAUUUGUUAGUUGAAUAUUAUUGCAAUGCCUAUAACAAAGAUUUUGUAGCAUUAUCAAACAUUUAUGUUGUCAAUCUAGAAGCUAUACCGGUACUUUCAAAGAUGAAUAUUCACAG